AUGACUACUAGAUCCACAAUCCCUCAAAAGAGAAGGAAGGAAGAUGUCGAUCAGGAUGAGAUCGUUAAAGAUGGCCGGCUAACAACUGCCGCCGAGAACUUCUUCGAGGCUCUGUCUGAGGCCGGUAUCACUAACUGUUUUGUGAACCUAGGAAGCGACCACCCCGCCAUGUUGGAAGCGAUGAUCAAGGCGAAGCAAGUUGCCCUUUCGGCAGCCUUAGGCUAUGCCCAGGUCACGGGAGUUCCGCAAUGCGUUAUUGUGCAUGUCGAUUGUGGCACUCUUGCCUUGGGACAGUCAAUCCAUAACGCAUCCAUUGGCAGAGUCCCUGUCCUUUGUUUCGCUGGCUUGAGUCCUUUCACUCAGAAUGGCGAACUGCUUGGUUCUAGAACAGAGUUUAUCCAUUGGCUUCAAGAUGUCCCUGACCAGGCAGCCAUUGUUCGCCAAUACUGCAGAUACACUGGCGAGAUCAAGACAGGACGCAAUAUCAAACAAAUGGUCGCGAGAGCGUUGCAGUUUGCAACGUCUGACCCCAAGGGGCCAGCAUAUCUCAUGGCUGCCAGAGAAGUCCUCGAGGAACGUGUGCCAAGGGAGAGUUUGGAGGCAGAUACUCUUACUUCCGUUGCACCAAGUGCGUUGCCGGAAGCAGAGGUUGAAUAUAUCGCCAAGGAGCUAAUGAACGCAAAGCAUCCGCUUGUUAUUACCACAUCGCUUGGUCGCAAUCAUGAAGCGCCCGCCCUCCUUGAGAAGCUCUGUGAUACACUGCCCAUUACUGUAGUCGAGGAGGUCGGCUCAGACUUGUGUCUGCGCAGUUCUCAUGAGGCAUAUCGAGGUUGUACCGUCACCACCCACCCAGAGGUUUUGAAAGCCGAUGUCAUCCUCAUUAUGGACUGUGAUGUACCUUGGAUCCCGACGGCCGGCAAGCCUCGACCUGGCACCAAGAUCUUCCAUCUUGACGUUGAUCCACUCAAACAGCAAAUGCCACUGUUUUCCAUCAAUGCCACUCGCAGAUUCAAAGUCGGAUGCGCAAUCGCACUGAAACAAAUCAAUGCUUUCCUGGCUAAGGCUGAUAUUAACACAGCUCAAUACACCCAAGCAUUCGAGGACCGAUCAAACAGUUACAAAAACUGGAGAAAGACCCUGCAGAAUCUUGAAACGCCAUCAGAAGAUGGUGUUAUCACUGUGCCGUACCUAACAUCAAGAUUGCGAGCCACUCUUCCACAAGACACUACAUAUGCGUUAGAGGCUGUCACCAAUGCAGUAACUCUCAUCCAUCAUCUCAAUCUGUCUGAGCCAGGGAGCCUGGUUGCCAGCGGCGCCGGUGGCCUUGGAUGGGGCGGCGGUGCGGCACUGGGCGUCAAACUAGCCAAGCCCAAUUCGUUCGUUUGUGGAAUUGUCGGUGAUGGAGUAUAUCUAUUCUCCCAAAUGGAGAGUGUGUAUUGGAUCGCCAGACGUUACGACGUUCCAUUCCUCAUGAUCGUGCUGAACAACGGUGGAUGGAAUGCACCAAAAGUUUCUGCCCUUCUCGUACACAAGGACGGCUUAGCCUCUAAGUCAAACAGGCGAGAUCUCAAUAUCUCGUUUGAUCCCUCGCCCGACUAUCCCGGAAUUGCUACUGCAGCUGGAAAUGCUUGGGGCAAGACAGUCACCACUCAAGCUGACCUCGAUCCUGCUAUUAAAGAGGCAAGGCGUGUUGUCGAGGGUGGAAGAUGUGCCGUGCUUGAGGUUGCGGUUCCAUCCAUUUGGAAAGAGACUUAG